CUGAGAGUAAUUCAAUUAUCUCACAAUCACAUGAGAAGUUUAUUAAUGAGGAACAAAAAGUCCUGAAUGUUUUUCUUCCACUUUUGUCUUUUGUCUCCUUUCUGUCUCUACUUCAUAAACCACUUGCUCGUCCACGUGGCAGCGGGAGCACUGCACUCACUGCGCGCCUCCAGAAGCACGCACACAGACAGACGAGGACUGAAGAGAGAAUGAAGGCGAGAACGUUCCUGCUGCUGUUUGGGACCGUGUUGAGCUGCUGUCAGGCGCAGCUGGAGACGGCAGUUGAGGAGGCUGGCGAGGAGGAGGAACAUGUCGAGCUUUUCACCACACCUGCGACAAAGAUGGGCGCUGCCACCUCAGACUUUGGCUACAACCUGUAUCGUGCCAUGGCGAGUCGUGACCCUAACGCCAACAUCUUCUUGGCCCCCAUCAGUGUUUCUGCAGUGCUGACACAGCUGUCCAUGGGAGCUUCCGAGCGAGCUGAGCGGCAAAUGUUCAGGGCCCUGAGGUACCACACGCUGCAGGACCCCCAGCUCCACAACACGCUGAGAGACCUGCUGACUGCGGUUCAGAUGGCGGCAAAGGCCUCAGCGCUGCAGCGCGCCUCUAUCUGUCACGAAAUCCCCUCCCUCGGACUUCGAGUGAAGCAGGACUUCACGUUGGUGGAGCAGCAGUACAAUGUUCGGCCGAAGGCUCUCAAUGCCCGGGCACAGCCAUGA